UAGUUUGCUUCCCACACCAUUGAUCUGCAUUUAUGAUCGCGACUGCUCUUUGCCCGCAGCGACUCUCCUCAACCCUCCUCAGCGACAAGCUUGUCGCACCCUGACAUGGAUGUCCUCUCCCCUCGACCAGUAAACCUCCCAAUGCAGCCACCACCACUGCCUAAGGCCACGAAAAAGCCUAGACCUGACUCAAGGCCAAAAGCAGAAGACAAACCUACAAAUCCAGACAGAAUUGAUGACAAAUGGCGGCCACCUCCUACUAUCACGGAGCCGGGGUCAAGUCCAGAGACCUACUCGAUGGGCAGGAAAUUAGGCAAAGGAGGGUUUGCAGUAUGUUUCGAGGGAAGAUCAAAACGAACAUCAGAAAUAUUCGCUCUCAAGGUAGUCAAGGCAAAGGUAGAACAGAAGAAGAUGAUGGAGAAGUUUCGCACCGAGCUACAAAUACAUGCGAAGAUGCACCACCCAAACAUUGUCGAAUUCCUGCGAGCCUUUACGAUCGAGGACCAUACCUACGUGGUACUACAGCUGUGUCCAAAUGGCAGCCUUACCGAGAUGGUCAAGACCCGUACUUGCCUCAGUCUCCCAGAAGUCCGAAGAUUCAUGGUGCAAAUUUGUGGAGGGGUCAAGUACAUGCACAAACGCUCUGUAAUCCACCGCGAUUUGAAGAUGGGCAACAUCUUCCUGGAUGCGCGCAUGAACAUCAAAAUCGGCGACUUUGGGCUGGCUGCUGUCAUGGCAGAUGAACAAGAUCGGAGGACUACACUCUGUGGGACGCCCAAUUACAUUGCGCCCGAAAUCCUCAGCAAAUCAGGAACCCGUGGCCACGACAACAAGGUCGAUACAUGGGCAAUAGGUGUCAUCUGCUAUGCGAUGCUCAUGGGUACUCCUCCUUUCCAGUCAAAGACACAACAAGAGAUCUACAGCAAGCUGCGGACGCUGGAGUACGAGUGGAAAAUCGACAGCAAGAAUUAUAUUCCUCCACAAGCCAAGGACUUUGUGGCAUCUUGUCUCAACCUCAAUUCUGCUGAACGACCUGGCAUGGAUGAGCUUGUGCAACAUGACUUCUUCACCAUGGGCGUCAUUGCGGAGGAACUGGACACAAUUUGUCUCCGAACCACCCCACCGUGGCUGGAGAAUGCUGAUCCCCGGGGCGACAGAGUGCGUUCGGGAUAUGGAAUGAGCCAUAGCAGGUUGUGCCGAGAAUGUGGUGUCGGGACAGGCUCUGAUGGACGCCCUCGACCUGGUGUUGGUGUUGGUGCUGGUAUCUCUACCUUGGUAGAAAUUGAAGCGGAGAACAGAGAAGGCUGUGCGCCUGUUAUACCAUUGCCGGCAGGAGUUCUUUAUAAACAAUUCUCAAACGCUCAUGCUGAGUUGGCAGCACGACAAAAACAGCCACUUCUGGUAAAUCGAGUACGAAGUCGAAAGCCGGUCUCUGACAAGCCUGAAGCGACUGACUCCUUGGCCAGCGGAACGAAGCCUGAAUUUGAGUCAAUGCCGGCCCCGGUUCAGAAAGCUCCUUCGAUAUCAGCGCCUUCAGCUGCCAGGCCGAUUCCAAGCUUUGCCGCUCAACAACGACAACAAGCGCUGCCUUCAGGCGCCCAUCGGCGAACAGAGAGACCUCCAGUAGACCUUCCUAAGAGCAAGGCGCUGGAGGUCCCUGAACAACUACAUCAAGCACUUCUGAAAGAGCGGCCAUUAAGAGCAGCCACCAUCCGAGCAACAAGAAGUACCACAUUACGAGCCACGGUCUCUCAUACCUCGAAGACACUUCCUAGAUCGGCGACCGUACCUGAUGCGAUCGACGGCCUUGCAAAGCAGAUCGAAGCUACUCUUGAGAAAUCGGAAUCCAGAAGAGUCAAAAGCGGCAUUCCCCUGAGCAAGCCACUUGGCGAGAUGCAGUCGGCCAGAAAGCCCUCGUGCGCGGUUGUGGAGGCAGUCAAUGUGACUCUCCGUUCUGACUCCUCGUCUUCCACGUCUUCUGGAUCACUGGGGGCCCUUCCAAUUCGUGCCCUAAAGCCAAUCACCGGAAACGACCGAGUCAAAUCAAAUGCUUCAGCCGAAGACCAGCAGCCUCCUGCUAAAUCAUCUAAGAAGCAUGACUCUGUAUCUCCGUCACCAUCUGCUGCGAUGGUCUUGCUUCCGAAACAUCAUUCGAGGAUCAUUGCACCGACUGAAGCCGUGACGGCUGUUCCCAACUCCUCCAGCGUUGCUGUUCUCGACUCCUUACGAUCACUACAUAAAGCCUUGGAUGCACGGAGUUUCGAGGAGACGGGGCGGCGACCGCGGUCAAUGUAUGGGACUCGGAAAGAGCGUGAAGAGUCCAAAUACCCGAGGGUGGAGAAGUGGGUGGACUAUUCGACUCGCCACGGUAUCGCAUACAUUCUCUCGGACGCGACUGUUGGCAUGGUCUUGAAAUCAUCGGAAGACAAUGUCCUCCCGAGCAGCUGUGUGGUCAUGCGGAAUGCCAGCAAGCAUACUCUCAAACGUGCAAGAGGCCUAGAAUAUCAGUUUGUACCUCAGGGUCAGGACGCCCAGGACGUGGAAUUUUAUGAGCAAAGCGAUUACGAGGUUGACAUGAAACGUGUCAACGUCCCUGCACGGAAUUUCUGGCUUGACCUCGAAAAGUAUCAGGGUCAGGUUGCGGCUGCUAGUGCUAUCCAGGCAAGCCUAUCGGGCAGCGAAGCAGAGCGCAUGAAAGAGGUUGCGCUGCUGGACAAAUUCGGCAAGUACAUGAACAAACAGAUGGGAGGUUCAGAUUCGACGGAUCGGAGACUGGGCGGCAACAGCCAACAUCUUGUCCAUUUCUACCAGCGAGUUGGGAAUGUUGGUGUAUGGAGGUUCGCAGAUGGCGGAUUGCAAUUCAACUUCCCCGACCAUACGAAACUGACUCUUCGCCCAGCAGAGUCUGACGAUGACGAGAGCCGUUUUCAUGUCGAUUGUGUCUACCUGGUGCCGACCGACGCAAUCAGCCUAGCCCAUCAUGGUAUAAUCACUGUUGAAGCCAUGGAACGUCGAGGCACUACCAGCUUUCCACUGGAAGAUAUCAUGAGAGAUGUGUUGCGUCGCUCGGAAAUGGAGAUCAUUCGCACGAACGAGAUUAAAGAAAAGCUGAGCUGGAUCCGAGCUGUUUUGGGCUGUUGGAUCAAGGAAGGUGGUCUGGGGAAGAUGGGUGAAGAGAGACUAGGAUGGAGUGGCUUGCAAGAACGGAGGGAUGAUAAGAGGAUCAAACUACAGUGGGUGACUGUAGGAAGAUUCGGUGGUGAUGGCGAAGGAGCUGGGAAGGCAGACUUGAAGCAGUCAUAGCAUUGAAGUCGGCGUUUGGUAAAUUGUGUUGGGUCUUGCAGCGAGGGUGUUUCGAGGCGUCUGGUAUUGAAUUGUGAAUGGCACAGUGAGCAUGAUGACUUAUGAACCUGGUGAUUGACUACCAGAGGCAACAUUUUAUUCUAGAUCAUUUGUUACCAGCAGAAUGACGAAUAAUUAGUCUAUGAUGUCGAUUACUAAUGGACUCCAG